AUGAUUCCCAUCCUAUGCCUCGGUGCCCUCCUGUUCGGUUUGGUCCUUUUCCACGUCCAUAAAAAUCUCAUCAGUUCGCCGCUCCGACAUCUCCCAGGCCCUAAGUCUUUCGCUUUUACCAAAUGGCGUCUUGGGUAUGAGGAGUAUCGCGGGAUGCGUACCCAGUGCGUCAAUAAUCUUCACAAGAAGUACGGCGAGGUGGUACGAGUGAGUCCAUACGAGGUAUCGUUUAGCAGUCUGUCGGCACUACGGAAAAUAUACGGCUCAGGAAGUCGGUUCGAGCGGGAUGACUUCUAUCAAAUGUUCGAUGCCUAUGACCGCAAGGUCUUGUUUAGUUAUUCAAGUGGGAUAGACCACCGCGAGAGAAAGAAGAUCUUGAAUAGUGCGUAUACGAAGACAGCCAUUAUGUCUCCCAGCAACGUCGACAUGAUCGAAGAAAAGGUCAAGGACUUCCUUGCUCUUGUCCAGCGAGACUCCUCGGCCACCGGAGCCGUGGAGAUAUUUUCUGCGCUGCAUUACUUCGCCAUGGACAGCGUCUCGCACUUCGUCUACGGCGCGACGUCUCCGGGACGCACUACAGCAAUGAAAGGAACACGCCAGCAUCGUGGGAUCAUCGACGACAUGCUCGAUCCAGCUCGGAGGAAACUAUUCUGGUAUGCGGUGUUCUGGCCCCGACUCACAGAGAUGCUGUAUGCCCAGGGAGCGAUUGUGCAAAAGUCCCUAGCGUCUUUCGGGCUUCUUCCCAUGAAGACGCCUACAUACACCGGCCUGCGCAAGCACAACUUUCCAGUGAUCCAGCAUCUCGAAACACAGCAACUGCUCGGCUCAGAUGACUCCCUCGCAUCGCGCCUUCUCGCAGGAACGAUCCCGUCGGCCAAAGCGUCAGCGCCAAUGGACACCCUCGAUGUUGCUGCUGAAUGUUCCGACCACUUUCUGGCCGGUAUUGACACCACGAGCAAUACCCUUAUGUGGGUCAUCUAUCAGCUUUCGAGGCCCGAAAACGAAGGGUUCCAAAGUAAACUCCGCGCCGAGAUUCAAGCCUUGGACGGUCCUGCCGGGUCCGGGACUUUCAUAUAUCCAGAAAAGGCCGGAACGCUGCCCUAUCUCGAUGCCGUCAUCAGGGAGACGUUGCGGCUUCAUGCCCCUUCCCCUGGGAGCGAGCCUCGAUGGUCCACGAAUGACGAGGUUAUUGAUGGUUAUACUAUCCCGCGGGGCACGGUUGUAAGCAUCAGCCCGUACACACUCCAUCGGCAGCCCCAGGUGUUUGCAAAUCCAUUGCGAUUUGACCCAGAGCGGUGGCUGGGUCCCGAAGACCAAGUUGCAGAGAGAAAGAGGUGGUUUUGGGCUUUCUCGAGCGGUGCAAGGAUGUGUAUCGGGGUACAUCUUGCUAUGGCGGAAAUGACCACGCUAUUGGCAAAUAUCUACCAGAAUUACUGGACGCACAUCCCGUCUGAAUACUUGCAGGUAUCGCCGGGAAUGUCGGCCCGUGGUGAUUUGUUCUAUGAUGAGCACCUUUCGCAGGUCGAGGAGCAUAAAUGUUGGAUCCAAUUCGUUCCAAUUCGCGCUUUAUCCACGUGCCUGCAGGGAUGUGUUUGA